CCAUCUUAUAUCAAGUGUUUACCCUAAAGGCCGGUUCGACCUGGCCCAAGCUACCAUAACAAGCUACAACCUCCGACAGCCAUAAAAUUCAGUUUUCGCGGAAAACAAGCUAUUUUUGGAGUAAUCCAAGACCAUUUGGAUGCAGUUUAAGCUGCGUCUUUAAAAACGGUUGAUUUGCAGUGGAUUGUGAACCAAUCGCUCAGAAACGAAGAUGACGAAAAAACACGCUUUUAAAAAUGCAGAAGAUAUGAAAAAAUAUCACUUGAGUGAAUUCAAUUCCGAAGCUACUCCCCUCACUAGACCCGCAAUGAAAAGCUUACAACAUGUUCCAUGUAAGUUCUUUCGCCAAGGAACCUGUACAAGCGGGAAAAACUGUAUUUUUAGUCACGACUUGGAAUCUGCGUUCGAAAAAACUGUCUGUAAAUAUUUUCAAAAAGGGAAUUGCAAAUUCGGCUCCAAAUGUGCAUUAGAACAUAUCCUUCCGGAUGGAAGACGUGUAAAAACUCGCGCCCUAACUUCAUCAAUGCUUGCCGGCCCUAUGAAUCCUACAGAUCAAGUUGCCUCUACAAUGGUAAAUCCAAGGUUUUCGAAAGAAAUAGCUGACUCGGAACUAAGAAUGGAAACACCAAUAGAGAAAAAACCGGAACCUGUAAUUGAAUCAUACAAUGCGAUGCAUAUGGCUUCUACUGGCGAAAACGCUUUGCCUACCGUGUCAGUGGAAUCUACUAAAAAAGCAAAUGCUCCACCAGAAAGUAAUAAUUUGGACCAAGAAAAUAUUUCCUUUGUCCCUUCAAAAACUAAUGAUAAUCAAGAUCAAACUUCAUCACCUAAUGCUUAUAAUACAUCUAUGAAUGCCUCCAUAUUGCCAUCAACAAAAAGAGUUGUAUCUAAUCCCUCUAUGAAGCCUCCCUUAGUUGAAGGAUCUUCAUCUUUUUCUUCGGGUCCUGGAAUGUUAUCCUCUCCUCCUUUAACCCCAGAGAAUCAUCAAAUGUUUUAUUUACCAAUGAAUUCGUUGAGCACGGGUGUGCGUAAUCUCAAAUUACUCCCUCAAGAUGCUUUUUCCUUUUGUUUAAGGUCGCCUUCUUUGGAUCGUUCCCAAAGUGCCUCUAUUCUUCCUAGAAUAUCAUCCGGUACUUAUGCCGGAACUAACAAUAUUGGACGCUUUGCAAAAAGUCCACCUCCAGUGUCCGGACAUGGAUCAAACGGUUUGAAAAAUUUAGGGAAUAGUGGCUUACUUUAUUCUUCGUCUGCAUCUUUCGAUAAUGUGCAUGCAUUCCCUAGUCGUCGAAGUGUCCCUAACCUGAUGUCUACCCUCGGAACAAGUCCAUCAAAUUUUCAUGCUUAUAAUUCAAAAAACACAGAUAAGACUCAUUUUAGUAAAUUGUCUGCGUCCCAAAGUUUAUUCCCUUCAACAUCGCUAUAUGGCUCGUCUGUAGGAACAUCUCAAGAUGAAUUGUUAAGCACUGAUGGAGCUGACGAAUUUGCUAAUGAAGAAGACUUUAUCCCUAAUAGUUUGCAAGAACUCCUAACUCCGGCUGAGCUAGAACGAAAAAUGAGUCACGGUGAUGAUUUUCCCAGUUCUUCGUCUACAAAUCGAUUUAUAUCGAAAGCGUCAUCUGGUUUAAGUAGCAAUAAUGCUACACCCUUCGGUUCGGUUAAUGGAACACCAACCUCGAGUAGGUUUUUUGCUUUCUUUGAACGAAAUAAGGAAGGAAACAAUACGUCUACUAGAGUGUCACCAGCUGCAAUCUCAAAAAUAUCCCAAGAUUCGUUGAAUCUUAACCAUACAAAAGCAAUGCAUUCCAAUCUGUCUGCUAUAUCUGAGGCUUUCGAAGCAAAGCUUAAUGUAAAUGGAAAAACACGUGAAGAGGAUUUAGCCUUAAAAACUCCAUUCCAAGCAAACGAAAAACAGCUUCCAUAUGAUUCAGCGUUGGACGAAGAAACACAAUUUCAAAUGGAUGAAGAAUGAUUUAAAAAUUUGCGCAAAAAGUUACUUUAUCGUCAUGUUUUACUAAAAAAAAUAAAGUAAUAAGCUACGCUCUAAUAUUUGCUCAGUACAAAACAGUCUACUGUCAAGAAUGUCGUUUAAAAACUAUAAUGAAAUGUAUAGAACUCAGAAGAUCUUUUUUAUCUUCAAAUACUAUUACAGCAAUUCUAUAUUAAGAAACUGUUUUUCAUCCUUGUAAGGCUACUCCACUCUGAUACCAUUAAAGAUGUUUUUUAUAAAAAUAACAAACCCAUUUUUACCGGGAAAUCUCAUAGAAAAUAACAGGAG